UAUAUCUGUUUAAUUUACAGAUUUCUCAAGUUAACUGUUUUGUGAUGAUAUUAUUGAUAAGAUGAAGAUACCAACAAAUAUUAUUCUGUUCAGUGGUAUAGGAACAGCCUUUGGUGCUGGUGUCCUUCUCAAAGAUUAUUAUGGUGGAGAGAGAUACAAAGAAAAACAUGACAUUCUAGCAAAGACAGUGAUAAUCACAGGUGCUAACACUGGGAUAGGAAAGGAAACAGCCAAAGAAUUAGCAACAAGAGGGGGCAGAUUAAUAUUAGCUUGCCGGAAUUUAGAGAAAUGUGAGAAAACAAAGGACGAGAUUAUUCAGGAGUCUUUCAAUAAGAGUAUAGUUUGUAAGAAACUAGAUCUUGCAUCAUGUGAAUCCAUCCGAAACUUUGCAAAAACGGUCGUAGAAGAGGAGAGACAUAUAGAUAUACUAAUAAACAACGCUGGUGUAAUGGCAUGUCCAAAAGAAUUUACAGAAGAUGGGUUUGAAUGGCAAUUAGGAGUUAAUUAUUUAGGACCAUUUCUUUUAACUAAUUUAUUGCUAGACAAGUUAAAACAAUCACCCAGUGCCAGAAUAAUAAACCUUGUCAGUCCUUUGUAUAAAAGGUCAAAAAUAAACUUUGAAGAUUUGAACAGUGUACAAAAUUAUCAUCCAAAAGAGGCUUAUGGUGUGAGUAAGUUGGCGCUAAUGUUAUUUUCCCAGGAAUUGGCUCGAAGACUUGAAGUGGAGUUAAUUGUAUAUGAGAUGUUUACCGGUUUUGCAUGCCGCUGGCCGGAUCACAGAGACUCGGAACAGUGUUGGGAUAGUGUACUAAAUAUUACAGUAAACUGUGCUAUUCCUGGUAUAUCCAAAACUGAAAUUGGACGUCAUCUACCGAUGGCACAAGCAAAAUUUUCCGGUGGUUUAUUGUCCCCAGUAAUGUGGCUUGCUAUGAAAACACCACUACAAGCUGCCCAAACCUCAGUUUAUCUAGCUGUAGAUCCAAGUUUGGAAAAAGUAACAGGAAAAUUAUUUUUUAAUUCAAGAGAGACUUCUAUAGCAUCACCAGCUCUGGAUAAGGAAGUGGCUAAAAGGAUGUGGUUAAUAAGUGAAAAAUGGACAAAACUUUCUUCGUGACACCAACAUACAGAAUAAACACUUUAUGAAAAUAUUU